AAUGGCGAAAAGGAGAAAAAAAAGAGUCUCGGUCUAUUUCGAGACGUAACGGCCAUUUUUCUUUUUUUUUUGCUCAAAUAAAUUUCCCCCAAAAAGAAGGAACUGACGUUGGCGGAAUAAGUUGCAAGAUUAACUUUGUGUAGUUUCGAAGAUGUAUACAAAUCCGUUCAACAAAUUCCAUUGUCGAGUGUAUACAAAUGUCGCAAUUUCGCCCCCCUUUUUUUCCUUUUCGUUACAGUGGAACUUGACAGGCCAUAAAUUCAUACGGUUACAAGUGUGGUGUCUUACACACCGCAGUCUAGACGGUAUGGUCAGGAUGGAAAAAGAAAAAAAAAGUUGAACAUUUUUAUUUUUUUCCCGACUUCGCCUUGCGGCUUUUGUUUGGUAAUUCGUGAAAAAAUGGUGGAAGAAAAAAGCCAACUCAAAACGAGGCCGUGAUGAUUUAAACGUGUAGGUUCGUUGUGUACAAAACUGUCGUUAGACAUAAGGACUUGUGGCGAUGGGUCGGGCCUACCAACAAGAAGAGGUUCCUUCCUUUCUCUCCCCUUGUUGAGAAAAGAAAUAAAAACAUGUCGUAAAAAGGAGGUGAGAGACCGAGGCGAAACCAUUGGCAGGGCUUUCAUUUUGGGUUUUGUGUGAGAGAGAGAGAAAGGAUUCUGUCGUGGGGCUAGAAAAGAAACAUGGACGACGCCGUGACGUCGUCGUCUUUAAAUUCUGCAAGCUAUCGUACCACGUUAUUUUCUUCUACUUUUUGGAGCUGGAGAAUUUGGGUUUUUCUUCACAUAUUUUUCCAUUUUGAUUGUCGUUUUAUUCAAAUGCGUCCGUGUGGUUCGAUUCACAAAAAGGAGGGAUUUGAGGGGGCGGGGACGAACGAGUGUGGAAUUCGCCGCUAGAUGGCGUCGUAGGCGAGGCAUCGCUACCUCGUGUGGCGGCGGUGGCGCUAGGCAACACAACUCGACAAAGAAAAAAAGGGGAAGAAUUUUUCGGUCUCGGGGAAAAGAAAAGGAACCCAGCAGACACACACACACACACACAGCCGUUGGCGGCCCCGGCGAAUGUAGAAGAAGAAGUUCAUUCGUGAGAGAACCUUCGGGUCGUGCAGUCGCCCCAUUCCCGUGGUUGUGUGUGUUGUGUUGUGUGUGUGUGUGUGCGGCGCAAAAAGGGAAAAAAUAAAAUAAAAAGAAUUGAAAAAAAGAAAUUGAAUAAAAGAAGAAGAAGUUUCUUGACGAACAGCAGCUGCUGCUGCUGCUGUGUGUGUGUGUAAGGUUCUUUUCUACACUCGUGUGUGUGUUGUGUGUGUGUGAUUUUUCAGUCCUCGUGUUAAACACACACAGAGGACAUUAGCCAAAACAGAAAAAUUUGUGAUUCUGUUGGAAAGUGUGCGUGUAAGUUUUGUUCUUUUCGUCUGCCAUUUUGAUUUUUCUUGGUAGGUGGUGGGGGUAAGCACAAAAAUCGAUGGAUUUUUGUCUAGUCAACACGUGGUCAUUUUUGCCUGGGUUAGUUUGGAGAAUUUCUUUUUUGGCUUGAAAUAAAAAUGGCGUGAAAUUAUCUUUUCCGAGAUUUUUUGGGUGUGUAGAAAAAAGACACAACCUUGCCGACGGACACGAGUUCCUUUUAAAGGUUUGCGGUUCAAAUUUUGUGUCUUUUCUUCUUUUAAAAGAAACAGACAUUUUCUAAAAGAGAAAAGGAGAAAAGUUCGUUGGCCCGUUUGAUGGCCAUUAUCAUGUGUGUGUGCCUCCAUUUUUAUUAGUUUUUCUUCUUCACAUAGUGUAGGCAUAUAAAGAAAAUGUGUACCCAAAGACCCCCGUAAAAAUACGAAGUUGCCCCUCGCACACAGAUGCCCCAAAAAACCACAAUUGGGAAAAAACGGCCAAGUGAAAGAAAGUUUUUAUCUAUACAACAACAACAUUGUCUGCUGAAUUUGUCUAUUUUAUCUCGAGCAGACGACGACGACGACAUUUUUGUGCAAAAGACGUGCGGGUCGUGGACGAUGGUCUCUGACCGUGUCGUCAUCCUGGACACACGACUGCUGCAUCAUGGCUCCUGAGGAGCACCAAUUGAAUCUCGUCGACAUUUUGGAGGAGGAUUGGCAGGUUGCAGAACGGCUCCCAGUUGAUGGAACGUUGAUAUUCUCAUCUGGCGUUCGGAUCGAUUGAAAAAGAAAAAGAUACGAAAUAGGCAAGAGAUGGGGGCUCGGUCGUGGUCGUCAUCCGCCCCUUCAGUUCCGUCAUCUCAUCACCAGCACCACCACCACCAAUCGUCUUCUUCUUCUUCGACUGCGGCAACAACAACAGGCCAGGAGCCAGGAGCCGGGCCCUUCUUUUCAUCUUCUUCAUCUUCACUUUCAUCAUCUCCUUCUUCGUCGCCGCCAUCGUCUUCUUCGCCAUCGCCCACCGGCGGCAAGAAACACCGUCACCACCACCACCACUACAACCACUUGCAACAACAGGCCAAACAACAACCGACAAGAACAUCAGAGCGUCACGCUUUCUUUCGGAUUCCGGUCACUGGAGAAGGAACGAAGAAGCCACUGGACCUGACGCCUCAAUCCGUGGCGACGGCCAAAGCGGCUGUGGCCGCGGCGGCCCAAAGAGCCGAAAGGAACUUGUCGGUCAGACGGGACCUGGCCCUGGACUUGCCGACAUGUCCGACCCUACCGGAUGGAGAGGAGAAACCCUACGGCUCCUCGACUCGACUCCGCAUUCGCGACCACGACCAGGAGAGCGAAAUUUACCGGGAAUGCAUCCGGCCGCCACCCAACCGGACAGUUCACGAAACUUCCACCAGUUUUCCACCAUUCCGCUGCAAUUCAGAGAGCAUUCUGACGGGUCACCUGCCUACGUCUGACGGUUCCGGCCGUGUCGGACAUUCUAAAACGGCCGGUCCGUCCUCCUCCUCCUCCUCUUCAACCAUAACCACCAACAACUCCCAGUCGUCGUCUUCAUCGUCAUCUUCCUCCAUCAUGGCCGUCUAUUGCUGCACUAGUGCGUCUUACAGCAGUUCCACCAGCUCCUUGUCGUCAAACAGUUACGGCAGCAGCGGAGGCGGCUACGGAUAUCGCAAUCUCCGCCAACCACAACAACAUCAGCCACUACUACAACAACAACAGGAGCGAGAAAACGGCAGCGACGGCAAGGAUCUGUUUUCAUCGGCUCCUCCUCCUUCGUCCGGCACUCGGUUGCUGCUGGACAUUCACGGCCAGCCGAUUGUGACGCGGAGUAAAAGCAUGAGCACGGGCAGCAGCCUGCAACAACAAGAAGCUCCUUGUUCGUCGAGUUCGUCGUCGUCUUCUGGCAACUUGUUGUCCGUCAUGGUUCCUUUCCCUCCUCCUAUGCCACAACAACAGCAACAACAACAGUUGACUAUUCCUGCGGCCACUUCUUGCGCCAGUAAAACGCUGGAAUCGGCGGUGAAAUCCUGCGUCCGCUCGUUUCGUGAUCGAGUCCACCCGGCGGGCAAGAGUUCCGCUCCUGCUGCUCCUGCAAUCAGCUGUUUGGUCCCACCGGUGGGAGGAGCGGUGGGCGGUGUGGAUAAUGCAGGAUAUGUCGAGUCCAGCGCGGGUGGUGGUAGUGCAAGUGCCAGUGGUUGCAGUAGUAGGUGGCCCAGUGCGACGACGACACUGCCGGAACAGCAACAACAACACAAUAACAACAACAACAACAAUUCGCAUGCGACAGAAGAGCCAUCUAGUAGCAGCAGUCGGAGUAAACUGGCCAACUUGCCGGUCGUUCCCUGCGCUUCGGCCGCCUCCACUUCUCCGAGUCAAACCAGACGGGACCUAUGAAAACAACAACAACAAAACGGACACGAAAAAAACAAAUUUUUUGUUUUGAUGGAAUAAAAAUGUUUCUUCUUCUUCUUCUUGGAUGUGUAAACAACAAGGAUUACGUGCGUGUGUGUGAGUGUGUGUGUGUGAGUCUAAUAGGAAGAAUUUAACAAUUUUUUUUUUGUUAUUGGGUUGGAACCGGAAGCUGAUGGAGAGUAUCUCAAAGUCUUUCAUUGUGUGCGUGUGUGUGUGUGUGUGCAAGUAUUGGAGCGUUCGAGACAAUUUUUAAAAGAAGAAAAGGAGAAGAAGAAGAAGAAAAUGAUAAACAAACAAACAAACCCAACACACACCCAUUUUGUGCUUUCCUUCUCUCUGUCUAUCUGUCUCUCCUUUUUCUUUCUGUUUUCGCCUUUUUUGGGCCAACAUUUUUCUUUUUUUUUGGGUGGUGCCCAUUUUGUGUGGCUCCUCCCUCCUUUCCUCCUCCCCCCAGUGCAGACGAACGAAGAAAAAUUGCGCCGCAGUAAAAAGAAAUGGACGCAAAAUAAAUGCUGGACAAUUGUGAAGCGACAUCUUUAAAGAAGAAAAAGAAAUAUAGGCCUCUAUUAUUAUUAUUAUUAUUAUAUAUACCUUCGGGCUUUCUACACCAAUUUUUACGUUUUCUUUUCUUUGUUUUUUGUUUGUUUUUUUAAAUUGACAAUUUUUCGGCCGGUCAUAUAUAUUAUACACCCUCCUCCCGCAUUUUUUAUUUGUUAUUAUCACAGCAUUUGUGUAUUUUGUCUUGAUUCGCCCAUGAUGUGAUUUUUAAAAAAAAUUCAUCAAAUCUUGGAAAUGUUUUUAAAAACAAAUUUUUUUAAAAAUUGAAAAUGAAGAAGAAAACAAGCAGCUCGGGACCAGCCGUGAUUGCAAGCGUGAUCGUGUGUGUUUAUCUGUGUGUGUGUGUCGAGACAAGGAACUAUAGAAGAGAAAAGACGAAAUAUUUCGACUUUAGUUGUGUGUGUCAUCUCCAAUGGGGGAAAAACCAGGAGGAAUUAUUAUGUUGUUCCUCUUCCUUUUUUUUAAAUUUUGUGUGUGUGUAUUUCCGGCCAUUUUAUUUUUUUACAACCUCUUGUUAUUUAAAAAAAAAACAAAUUUGAGGAAAUUUUUUUUUUUUGAAAUUUUUGGCGCGAAUUUUAAUUUUUUGAAAUUUCGCGGUUUUUUUUUCGUGUGUGGGAAAUGGUCAUGGGUGGACAAUAUUAUUUUUUAAAAAAUCAAAGACGACAGCGAUGUUAUUUGAUUGGAAGGAAUUGUGUUUGAUUUUGUUGUCGUCAAUUUGUCCAGUGUCGGUUCCGUCCGGAGACGUUGGAAAUCGAAAAAACAGAAAGACAUUUUGUUUUUGUUUAUUUUUUCGUUUUGAAAUAAUUUUUCAAAAAUUUCGAUUCGACGAGACCAUACAAGAAAGUGUCAGCUGCUGCGCUGUUAAAAGAAGAGAAGAAUACUGGAUCAUUUGUUGUGAUAAAUAUUGACUCCUCCCCCUCCCAUCUCUCACCCUCCUUUGUGUCAAUUCAUUUUUUGGUUUUGUUGGGAUAAAAAUAAUGUUCGGUGUACACACACACACACACAUCCCUCCUUACCCACACGCAUUUUUAUCCCCCCCGUUGUAAUUCUCUCUUCCCCCCCAUCAAAAUUGGACUGACCACACACACCACCAUUUUGUAAUCAUGGUAAUCUCUUACGGAAAAAAUAUUUGUUCUUCUUUUUUGGCUUUUUCAACGAAAUAAGGAAUUUUUUUUUCUUGUCUUUUGUGUUCAUAAAAAAAAAACAAUUUUCGAAAUUUAAAAGGAAAGAAAAAUUUCUAAAAUAAUAAUAAUAAUACAAUCCGCACUUGUGAAAUGUGAUUUUAUUACUUAUAUAUAUAUCAUUUUUACGUCAUCCCCACACACAGCCACACGAUCCAUCUGAAUUUUAAAAAGAAAAAGAAAAAUUAAAACUUUUGUAUAAAUCGAACCUAUUUAUCCCCCCUCCCCCAAUUUUUAUUUUUUUGGAUUAUCCUUCAAAAACCUCAAAAUUCCCCCC